AUAUUCCGACAUUUACAAUUUUGAUUGACGGAAGAUAUUGAGACCAAUGUCUUGCUGCAACCUUUUCAUCGUGAUCUGCGUGCUGGCCGCCUUCGGGGGCGGCAUGGGAGACGUGCAAGAGCACGUCUCCUUCAUGGAGAAGGGUGGUGCCCCCGUGGAGGGGGGCACAGGGGUGAUGGAGGUGGGUUCCGAGGGGGAACCCAUCUUGAUGGACUAUUUCAUGCAUGAUGAAACGACCACUGAUAUGGAUGACACGAACGAAGUUACCUCAGACGAGACCAUGAGUGAUGAGAAUGUAACUAUUGUUGAAACAAAGGAACCGUUGAAUACAACCUCGGUAAAAGGCAUUGAAGGCAAAAAUGAAACAGUUCUGGAAACUACGAAAGAAGAGAACAUAACAUUAGAGAAAGCAAUUGAUAACAAGAACGGAACCAUUGUUGAAACUAAGGAAGAGAACAGAACUGUGGAAAAUCCUGUUGCCGAGAAUGAAAGCACUGUUAAAACCAUUGAGCACAGAAACAAAACGGUACAAACACCUGCUGGUGAUAAACAUGGGACAGAUAUUGAAGCCAGUAAAGAGCAGGAGAAUAAAAUUUUGGACAAGAUGGUUGAAAAGAAGAGAAAUGAUUUGGAAACUAAAGAACAGGAAAACGAAAUCUUGCUAACAAUCCCUGUUGCUAAGAACGAAACAUUUCUGGAAACUAAAGAGCAAGAAAACAAAACUGUGGAGAAAGCAGUUAUUGAUGAUAAGAACGAAACCAUCGUCGAAACUAAACAGCAAGACAACAAAACUGUGGAAAAGACCGAUGAUAGAAAUGGAACCAUUGUUGAAACUAAACACCUAGACAACAAAACUGUGGAAAAGACCGAUGAUAGAAAUGGAACCAUUAUUGAAACUAAACAGCAAGACAACAAAACUGUGGAAAAGACCGAUGAUAGAAAUGGAACCAUUGUUGAAACUAAACACCUAGACAACAAAACUGUGGAAAAGACCGAUGAUAGAAAUGGAACCAUUGUUGAAACUAAACACCUAGACAACAAAACUGUGGAAAAGACCGAUGAUAGAAAUGGAACCAUUGUUGAAACUAAACACCUAGACAACAAAACUGUGGAAAAGACCGAUGAUAGAAAUGGAACCAUUGUUGAAACUAAACACCUAGACAACAAAACUGUGGAAAAGACCGAUGAUAGAAAUGGAACCAUUGUUGAAACUAAACACCUAGACAACAAAACUGUGGAAAAGACCGAUGAUAGAAAUGGAACCAUUGUUGAAACUAAACACCUAGACAACAAAACUGUGGAAAAGACCGAUGAUAGAAAUGGAACCAUUGUUGAAACUAAACACCUAGACAACAAAACUGUGGAAAAGACCGAUGAUAGAAAUGGAACCAUUGUUGAAACUAAACACCAAGACAACAAAACUGUGGAAAAGACCGAUGAUAGAAAUGGAACCAUUGUUGAAACUAAACACCUAGACAACAAAACUGUGGAAAAGACCGAUGAUAGAAAUGGAACCAUUAUUGAAACUAAACAGCAAGACAACAAAACUGUGGAAAAGACCGAUGAUAGAAAUGGAACCAUUAUUGAAACUAAACAGCAAGACAACAAAACUGUGGAGAAUAAAGUAGAUGAUAGAAACGGAACCAUUGUUGAAACUAAACAGCAAGACAAUAAAACUGAGGAGAAAAAAGUUGAUGAUAAGAACGGAACCAUUGUUACAGCUAAUCAGCAAGACAACAAAACUGUGGAAAAAGUUAUUGAUGACAAAAACAUAACCAUUGUAGAAGCGAAACAGCAAGACAACAGAACUGUGGAAAAUCCCACUGGUAAUAAGAUCGGAACCAUUGUCCAAACGAAACAAGAGGAGAAUAAAACUGUGGAAAAUGAAGUUGAUCAGAACGGAACCAUUGUGGAAAUGAAACAGCAAGACAACAGAACUGUAGAAAAAGCAGUUAUUGAUGACAAAAACGUAACCAUUGUGGAAACGAAACAAGAGGAGAAUAAAACUGUGGAAAAUCCCACUGGUAAUAAGAUCGGAACCAUUGUCCAAACGAAACAUGAAGAGAAUAAAACUGUGGAAAAUUCCACUGGUGAUAAGAGCGGAGGAGAUAUUGAGAUUAGCAAAGAGGAAGAGAACAAGCCCUUGCUGCAAGGGGUGCACGAUAAGAUCGAAACGGAUGAAACAAUUAGUAAAGAGAUAGAAAACAAAACAUUUCAAAAAGCCGUUGCCAAAAACAACGAAACCUUUGAGGGAACUAAUGAGCAGGAAAACAAAAUGAUAUUUUCAAGGAACGAAACAGAUGCGGAAACUAAAGAACCACAGGAGGAAAUUGCGUUGCCACUAAUCCCAGGUGCUAAAAACGAAACAUUUGAAGGAACUAAUGAGCAGGAAAACAAAAUGAUAUUUUCAAGGAACGAAACAGAUGCGGAAACUAAAGAACCACAUGAGGAAAUUGCGUUGCCACUAAUCCCAGGUGCUAAAACGAAACAUUUGAGGAACUAA